GCGUUUCGGGAAUUGCUUUGGGUGCAUACGGUGCGCAUAAGAUUAAAAAUUCUGACAAAUUAAAGAAUUGGGAAGUAGCAACUUAUUACCAAUUAAUCCACUCUAUUGCACUUGUUUCCUUUUCAAACUUGAGAAACCCCGUUACAAACAAAUCACCGACUUUGGCUGGUAGUCUAAUCGCUGCGGGUACAAUUCUAUUUUCUGGUAGUAUAUAUUUCUUAGUUUGGAAUAAUAAAUCAAAAUUAAAAGCUAGGAUAGGCUUUAUAACUCCCUUAGGUGGUAUUUUAAUGAUGGCUGGUUGGGCUGCUUUAUUAUUUUAA